UGUCGAGGCCUCCGGCUGCAUAGUCCACAUUUCCCAGGCGCAUCAUCAGAGCUGACGUGGGCUCUACGUGUGCAGUGAGUCGGGCUUCCUCUCCACCCGUAACGAGUGACGAGACUCUACGUAAAACUCGGAGCGCUGACUGUGCAUUUCCUGUCUGCUCUGUUGCCAGGCCGAUCUCCAUGGAAACUGCAACCAUAGCGCAACAGGAAACCAAUGCAACUGAGAAAGUAACAAGUGAGGUGAAUGAGGGUGUGUCUGUGGGGUCAUUACCUGAUGGACAGACACUACAGGUGCAGGAAGUCAUUCAGAGCACACAGCCCUCUGUUAUCCAAUCACCUCAGAUAAAAACUGUGCAGGUAGUUGUUGAUACUGGUGGAACGGGUUCAAACCCAUCAGAUCCUCAGAAGAGAAGGGAGAUUCUGUCCAGACGACCAUCUUACAGGAAAAUUUUGAAUGAGUUGUCAUCAGAUGUACGUGCCGUGCCAAAGAUAGAGGAAGAGGAGAAAGUGGAAGAAGAAACCCUGGCCACUUCCAGUGUUGCUACAGUGAUGUCAUCAUCUUCAAUCUACCAGACCAGCUCCGGGCAAUACAUUGCAAUCACUCAGGGUGGAGCGAUACAGCUGGCUGGCCCUGGAGGAGAGGCCCUGCAGGGGGUUCAGGCUCUGACUCUUCCCAGCCCCACCACACCGCAGUCUGGGGCCACUAUCCUGCAGUACGGCUCCCAGCCUGGAGACCCCGGCCAACAGCUACUGCUGACCUCUGGACAGGUGCUCGUUCAGGCUGCCACAGGAGACAUGCCAGCAUAUCAGAUCCGCUCCCCAUCGUCAGGGUUACCACCAGGCGUUGUUAUGGCAGCCUCACCGGGGACGAUGCAUAUCCCACAGCAGCACGCAGAGGAGGCCACACGAAAGAGAGAAGUCCGCCUCAUGAAGAACAGGGAGGCGGCGCGCGAGUGUCGCAAAAAGAAGAAAGAAUACGUGAAGUGCUUGGAGAAUCGUGUUGCUGUGCUGGAAAACCAGAAUAAGACUCUUAUAGAGGAGCUUAAAGCUCUCAAAGACAUCUACUGCCACAAAUCAGAAUAACCCUCACAAACACUGUGCAAGGACUGUGUGAUUUACACACUACCUUUCUCUUCUCUUCUUCUGUUGCAUCACCUGGAUUUGAGCGUUUUUGUUUAUUUGUUUGGCCAAAUGUUUUUAUAAGAAGUUGCUAAUGUUGCUUUGAGGAUGCUCCUCACACACACACACACACACACACAAACUAUUUCAAACAUUUCUCUGUGUUAAAAAAAAAUGGAACUCUUCAUUGAUUAUGUGGAAAAAUGUGUUUUCCUUUUUUUAGGUUGAAAUCAGAACAAGCAAAGUAAAUGGAAUAAGCAGCCAUGUUAACUGGCUACACACUGCACACAUAAGCGGCAUGUUCAGCAUUUUUGGUAUGCACAUAAUUUAGCAGGAAAUGUGUGGAAAAUACACUUUCUGUUUCAGUUAAUCUGACUAAAUCCAGGCAAGUUAACCCAUUUAUAUAGCUACACGUUGUGUUUUGGACAUACAGUAAAUUGGGUCCUUUUUCUCAUGUAUAUUAUAUUUCAAUCAAGUAUGUACAUUUCAAUAUGCAUUUUAUAAUUUGUGGUUAAUAAAGAAAAUACUUAAAUGUAGUACCCCAGAAAUCACUAUAUUUUUAGUAUCGAGUCACAGUUUUAGUUAAUGCUGUUUACUGUGCAGUGUGAAAAGCCAAAUUGUUAAAACACAACAUUUUCCAUUGAUUUUGUUUUUAUGUAGAUGUAACAAUGUAACAGUGACCUAAAACUUCACCAAGUAACGUGACAUAAUGUUGACGAUUUCAUAAUGUUGAUGUAAGGGAUAGUUCACUCAAAAAUGUACACUUUGUAUGCUAUAUGUAUUUCUUUCUUCUGUGGUACACAAAAGAUUUUAAAAACUUUAUCGUUUUUUUUUUUUUUUUUUUUGACCAUAUAGUAUAACACAGUGGAGGGCAGUACUGUCUUACAUUGUGUAGACAAAACCAGUUCUUCAAAAUAUCUUCUUUUGUUUUCUGCAGAAGAAAGUCGAGAUUUGGAAUUACAUGAGGAUGAGUAAAUGAUGAGAAUGUUAAUUUUUGGGUGAACUGUCCCUUUAAGACUACUCUUAACUCCCUUUAUUAUUAUUACAGAUUUAUUCAUGUAGUACUCUUUUAUUCAAUCUGUAGAAUAAGCACACCUCUGUUAAUUGCCUCAAUUGGCUGUAAAAUGAAGUUUUCAACAUUAAUAUUUUGUUAAAAUAUGUUUUACUAUACCAUCUCAACAUGCAGAAACAAACUAUAAAUAAGCCAUUUGAAGUUUGAUUGCUCUGUUUGUUAGAGAAUACCAAUAUAGCAACACUUACUCAACCAAUGGAGUGAUUUUGAGGCGGAGCUAUCUGUUAGUUUAACCAAUGAAAGAUGGGGGAGUGCUCUGGAAACCUGUUUGAACGUUUGUUAUUUUUGCAAAUCCAUUUUUGGAAGCUAGAGGCAGAUACAUUACUCUUGAGCAUCAAUGUUUUGUGUAUUUGUGCUCUAAUUCAUAUAAGAUACAUGACUUUUGCAUGAACAAAGGAAAACGGUGUAACAUGAUGAACUGUGAACACGUUACUUAGGUGAAUGUCACAAAUGUUGCUUUUUAUCUAAUAUUGUAUAUUAUUUUAAAUCUCAGCAAUUAAUUUGUCUUAGUUUAUAAUCGUAGAAGAUAAUUAUGAAAGAAAGGAAGCUUUUGUGAGUAAUUAGAGUGCAAUUAUGCUAAAUUAGUGGCAUUAACUGAACAGAAUUCCUCAUAUUUCAGCUGCUGAGAUGCCGGUGUGCAUUUGUGUCUUCUGUUUCUCAGACAGUGCUAGUCAUCAUGACUCUAUCUUCACUUACAACCAAACAAGUUUAUGUUUCAAUUAAGUACUAUUCUGUGUAGUCAGAAAAUGGAUUUGGUUUAAUAUUUAAAGAGCUUAUGUUUUCAAUUAAUUUCUAGAUUGAUGUUAAUAUAACAUCCCUGCCCUUCUUUGACACUGUACAGAGUGCUGACAUCUAUUUUUAAUAAAAUAUUUUUGUAAAUGUAGCCUA